CCAAAAGACAAGGCGGCAGUAUUACUAAAAUAGUGGCGAAAACAACGUCAUCUCCGUGCGACUGGAAAUUGUCACAGCAAACGCGAUGGCAGAAUCAGGAACUGAGAGAGUAAUCAAGCUUGUCCCUGAGAAUCUUCUCAAGAAACGCAAGGCGUACCAAGCUAUCAAAGCCACUCAAGCAAAGCUUGCAUUACAACAGAAAAGGAAAGUCCAAAAAGGAAUUCCCUUGAAGUUUAAACGCUUGGAGGAGUUUUUGCAAAACAGCAAGAGGAAGAAUCGAGAUGAGGCACGACUCGCCAGACUCAGAUACAGACCUCCGCCACCCAUGCCGCCAGCAAAGAACGGCCUGGUGUUUGCUGUCCGCAUCAGAGAGAUCAAAGGUGUGAGCACAAAAGUGAUGCAUACCGUUCAGAUGCUGAGGCUGAGGAAGAUCUUCACUGGCACCUUUGUGAAAGUCAGCAAGACGUCUAUAAGAAUGCUUAAAACUGUGGAACCUUAUGUUGCAUGGGGAUAUCCCAACUUGAAAUCAGUCCGUGAGCUCAUAUUGAAAAGAGGUCUGACGAGGAUUAAUAAGAAAACUGUUCCUCUGACCGACAAUGCACUCAUAGAGCAGCAUCUUGGACAAUAUGGGAUCAUCUGUUUGGAGGACCUUAUCCAUGAGAUCUAUUCUGCUGGAAAGAACUUUAAGGUGGUGAACAGGUUCCUGUGCCCGUUCCAGUUGUCAGUACCACGACAUGCUGCAAGAGACAAAGCUGGACUAAUGAAAGAUGUUGGUGAUCCUGGACCCAGAGCUGAGAACAUAAACACAGUCAUCAGGAAACUCAACUGAGCUAAUGGACUCUCAUGGACUGCUGUUUUAUCACCUUCAGAUUACACAAACAAAAAGAAGAGAACUAGCCCUCAAUGCCAUUAUAACUGAAUUUUCAGUUUAAAUGCAUAUUUCCUCACGAUAAGUCUGCCUUCAAGUGUUGACAUUACAUUGGGAAACUUUCAACAUUGGGAUCUUUAUUCUUCUGAUUAUAUUAUUUUUAUUAAACGAUGCAAAAUUUCACUGUUCUUUUUUCAUAAUCCAUUUUGAGAAUUAAGUUAUAUUCAGAAGUAAUUAUCCCUUUGCUUUACUCCCUUUCAACAGUCACACUACACUCUUCAUUCCGCUGACUUCAAUUCAUAUGCAUUCAGAUGCUGGAGAGCAGAAACGCAAGUUCAUGUGAAGAAGGUUCACAUUUUGCUGCUCCAAAGUUCAAGUUUGGUAAAUUCUGACCUGCAAAUUUGUAUCACGUGAAACCAUGUGACCAAUAAAAGAUUGAUACAUCACA